AUGUCGGCAUGCAGCCGAAACUUGAAUAGCCUGGCGAGGGCGCUCCCUCGACCCCCUCUGCAUCGCUGCUGCGCGCCGCCUGCUGCUCGUCGAACCUAUGCCGUGGCUUCGUCUGCGGCCCCGCGCUUCCAAGUCUUCAACCGGCGGACGAAAUGGCUUCAAAAGGAGCGCGCUGGAGCCAAUGCGGAACAAGGCCGACAAGCCGAUUACCUCAAGGAUGAGGUCGCCAUGCGCGUAGCCGAACGAUUGCUGGAUAUCAAUCGGCAUUUUGAAAAGGUUCUCGACCUCGGCGCAAACAGCUGCAACAUUGCACGCGCCCUCACGGCCGACAACCCGGAUCCCGAUCCCGCCACCCCCGAAUCCGCGGCCCUGUCGACGCGCAUCACAGAUCUGACUGCGGUUGAUUCCUCGGAGACGCUUCUAUACCGCGAUGCUGGCCUCGAGUUUAAUAAGAAGCUCAACAUCAGGCGCCUUGUGCUCGAAGACGAAGAGACGCUACCGUUUGAGCCAGCGUCGUUUGAUCUCGUCCUCAGCUCGCUCAGUAUGCAUUGGAUCAACGACCUCCCAGGCAUCCUCUCGCAGAUCAACAAUAUUCUGAAGCCCGACUGCCCCUUCAUCGGGGCCAUGCUCGGCGGCGACAGCCUCUUUGAGCUGCGCACGUCGCUCCAGCUGGCAGACUUGGAGCGCCGUGGGGGCAUCUCGCCGCACGUCUCCCCGCUGGCGGACGUGAGAGACGUCGGUGGCCUGCUGCAAAAGGCCGGAUUCAAGAUGCUGACUGUGGAUGUCGAUGACAUCAUCGUCGACUAUCCGGAUACGUUUGCGCUCAUGCAGGACCUUCAAGCCAUGGGUGAGAGCAGUGCCAUCCUGGGCCGAGAAAUGGGACCCAUAGGACGCGAUGUCCUGCUGGCCAACGACGCCAUCUACCGCGAACUGCAUGGGAAUGAAGACGGCUCGAUUCCUGCGACGUUUAGAAUCAUUUACAUGAUCGGCUGGCGAGAGGGCGAGAACCAGCCUCAGCCCCUGGCCAGAGGAACUGGCGAGACUAGCCUAAAGAGUCUCCUGGAGCAAAAAUAA